UCGUAAUGUAAGACUGUAGUGACGCCCCGGGUGAGAGACAGGUGUCCGGGCUGGGGGCACAUGCCGUUAUUGAGUCCUUUCCCGCGGGGCGGUGAGCGCUGUCCUGUCCGUGUCCCUGAUGGCAUUUGAGUGUGAGCAGCGCGCUCACCGGGAGCAGCUUUACGGCGGAGCGGGAGAGUGUUCGCCGGUCGCUCCAGCGUGCAGAAUGAUUUCAGCUGUCGUAAGGACUUUCCCAUCAGGAUCACGUAGAGGCGACCAGGGUGUUGCGCAGCCCGAUUUGUGAUCGAACAACGUGGACUAACGGGAGAUUCCGGGGUUAUUAUGGCUUCCAGCGCUGGGAAGAUGAACCAGCCCCGGGACGGGACCGCUAUUGCGGACGUUUCCAAUGUGGAGCAGGAACUGUAUGACUAUCAGAUGCACACGAAAAUGUGCAAGAAAAUAGCGCAGCUGACUAAGGUCAUAUAUUCUUUAAACACUAAGAAUGAGGAGCAAGAGGCAACUCUGCAAUCACUACGGCACAUUGCCACGGAGACACAGGGCAGCCUCCAGCCAACCACAAGCCAGGAUGAUGAAGAGGACGAGUCAGCAUCUGUUCUGAGGACACGCCUUCUAGAGCUGCAGGCCACAGUAGAGGAGGUGGAGGAGCGCGGACAGAAAACUGAAAUAGAGUACACGGAGCGCAUAGCUGUGUUAACCCAAGAGACAGUGGAUCUGCGAAGAGACUACCAUAAUCUGCAAACAGAGAGAGACAACCAACACAAAUUACUGCAACAAACACAGGACGAAAACAAACGACUAGAGAAUGAGUGCCAAGAGCUACGCAGAGCCAGAGAUGAAGAGAGCAAGAGAGAGGAGGAGGAGAAGAUGCAUAGAGUGGAAGAGGAGAGAAAAAGAGAUGAGGAGGACAGGAAUAGGGAAGCAGGAGAAAGAAAAAGAUUAAAGGAGGAAUGUGAAGAAAGGUUGCAAGCAUUGAGACAGGAGAUACAAGCUCUUAGAGAGGAGAAAGAGAGAGUAGAGAAGGAAUGGAAGAGGGAGGUGGAGGAGUGGAAGAAGAGAAUGAAGGAGAUGGAAGAGAAAAGGAGGGAGGAGCAGGAAUCAGCCAAAAUGAUGCUGCAACAGAGCCUCAAUGAACACAUCUGUCAGUGGCACCAGAGAGAGCAAGAAAACCGCAAAUCCCAGAAUGCAACACUUCAGCAGAGGCUGAGAAAAGCAGAGGCAGAGUUGGAGGUCCAAGAACAGAGGCUGACUGAAAGCAACAGACAUUGCAGCAAACUUCAGGAGAGAGUAGAGGACCUGGAGGAGCAGCUGGAAGAAGGGCGUCGCCGUGUGACCGAGGCAGAGGGUGUUGCAAAGAAAGCAGAAGAGGAGUUAUCUGUAGCCAAAGAACGAUUAUUACUGCAAGAAAAUGAGCUUCAGAGCAAGUCAGAGGAGUUAAUGAGUCAGAAUUCAUCUCAGGUGAGAGUCUCUGCAGAAGUGGAGGAGCUGAGGUCUCAACUCAGUCGUCUCAACAUUAGAAACAAAGAGCUGGAGCUUCAGAACAGUGGCCGCUCCAAUGACCACGCCCGCAUGCUCAAACAGCAUGCAGAUACUCUAUCCUCUAUGCGUCUGGAGCUGCAGCGUGCUCACACAGAGGAGAUCAGACGCCUUCAGCAAGAGGUGGAGAACGAACGAAAGAAUGACAGACAGGAGCUGGAAGAAGAGAAGAAACAGGUGCAGCAAAAGAUGGAAGAAGAGAAAACGCGGCUGAAAGAGCAGCUUCGGAAAGCGCUGGAAGAGGUGAUCCGCAAACACGCCAGUGAGCUGCGGCAUGCGCAUGCUACUCUGGAUGCAGAAAAGAAGACGACGUUGCAGGUUGAGAUGCAGAUAAAAGCCAGUGAAGAGGAGAAACAGGGUUUACAGACAGAGAGGGAAGAGCUAUGCAAUCAACUACAGCUGUCUAAAACAGAGAUAGCGAAAUUGGAGGGGGUGAUUCAGACACUAGAGAGAGAAAGAGAAGAGGAGAGGGAAAGGGCAAAAGAGAGAGAGAAGGAGAGUGCAGAGGUGGAGCGGCAGCCGGCAUGUGGCCCGGAGUGUGUAAGAGUGAGAGAAGAACUGGAAAACACACACAGCAGCAUGCAGCAAAUACAGGAGGAGUCUGCUGCACUGAAAGAAGUGUUGCAGGCAGAGAUCUCUGCUCUACAGCAAGAGAGAGACAUCCUACAACAGUCCAAUCAUUGUAUAGAGGAGAGGACCAGGCUACAGUUUGAGAAGCAGUUCUCUGAUCAGGUAGCGGAGCUGAAGAGAGAGAGAGAGGAAGAGGCCAGAAAGAUCAACCAUCAAUGGCAACACAGAGUAGAAGAACUGGAGGCACAGUUGGAGGAGAGGAAAGUACUCUCAGAGAAGAUGGAGGAAGAGUGGGAGAGGCGUUAUAGUAAUGGAGAGAUGGAACGGAUGAAGCAGGAGAUCCAAAAGACGAGAGAUAUGAACUGCUCGCUCAGAGCUCAGCUUCACUCCACCAUUCAGGAGAAGGAGAGGCUUAUGAGGCGACAGUUACAGGUGGUACAAGAGGAAGAUGAGGAUGAGGAGGAUGGAAAGGCUGCAGGAAAGAGGGAUGAGGAGAGGGAGAAGCGGGGGUGGCGUGAGAGAGAGGAGGAGUUGUUACGUGUGGAGAGGCUUAAUCACCAGCGUGCUCUUCAGGCCCUGGAAACCCGAGCCAAUGAAGAACUUCAGUCAGAGAGACAACGCUUGCUCACUCAGAACAAACUGCAACUCGACAAGCAGAAGGCAGAACUGACCCAGCAGCACACUGAGUGGGUGAGACAGGUCACCCAGAGACACAUGCAGCAGAUUGAGGACCUUCAGAAUGAAAUACACACACACACGCAAAUGAUGACCCUGCAGCAGGAUCUGAAGCAGCAAAACCGCUUACAGUCAUUAGAGAGACAGCUGGAUGAGAAGAGCAGUGAGGUACAGGAACUUAAGAGAGAGAACGGAGAUCUGAAAGAACGAAUAAACACAAUGUGUGCACAAAGAGAAGAGCCGGAGAACCACAGACACACUCACUCACAGGGUUUCUCAGAGGAGAGAGACAAGGGUGGAGAAGUGGAUGAACAUGACAUGGAGAGUGUGAAGAGAGAGCACAGAAUGGAGAUCCAGACCAUAAUAUCAGACUUCAGCUCCGCCCAAACACAACUACAGGCCCGCAUAGUUGCCUUGGAAACAGAGUUGAGAGAAAGGGAAGAAAGGGGAAAGAGGAGAGUAGAAGACCUUCACACUAUCACUAAACUACAGGACAAGCUAAGCGAGAGAGACCAACUCAUCAAAAGUCUGGUGGAGGAUCUCCACCAGCUAUCCCAGCGUCCUCCUCUCGACAGUGAUGUAACAAUAAAGCCCUAUGAUUCUAGGACACAAGCAGGGACUUUCACACCCAAUAAAAAGAAGAAGGGAGUUGAGGAAACUAGCAUGACGAACCACUGCUCAUAUGAUGGGGGGUCACCCAAGACCAAAUGCUCACCAGUUAUGGAGCGUGGGUUACCCAGUUUGGAACAGAGUGGUCGUGGGACCCACCUAUCAAGGACACACACUCCCACCUCCCCUCAUGCUGAAUGCAGAGCUUCUGUCAGGCACAGCCGCCCACCCUCACAAGAGGUGCGACAUCAGCCCCAGCUUAAAAUCAACUACAACCAGCAUAUCAGGACUCCUGCUGAGCAGAGGGUUAUUGAAACAGGACCUGAUGGACAAGACCUUCAAAAACAGGAGUGGUUCACCAAAUACUUCUCUUUCUGAACUCCCACAGCGCUCUCCGCAGUCUCCAUUCAAUUAGGAACGGGCUCACCAAAGGCUC